CUCUUUCUAUUCAAUAUCGUCUGAAUAGUGGACUUGUGACUAAGAACGUUGAUUUCUAAAAAUAUAUUCUCUCGUCGCAUCGUGUCCGUUCAUCCUAGGGUUUGUGUAGAUUUGUUGCGAUUGAAGUGUGGAUUCUCUGAAUCGGUGGUGACACAUCUGAGUCUGAAAAAGUGUAACUGAAGGUUCUUGCUUGUGUCGAAGGUGCGACGUGGUUGUACGGUUCUGUGUUAUCAAAGAUGUCUGCAGCUAUGGAUUUGACGUCGAUGAGGAUGUAACUGGAGGAGGAGGAUACCCCCUUUGACAUGUCGGAUCUACUUCAAUAUAGCUCAUGUGAGAAGGACUCAAAAAGUUUGAUAGGAAGACUACUAAACCAUGCUUGUCAGAGUAUGGCGAGCAUGAUUAUGGAUAUGCUGUAUAAAUGGCAAAAAUAUGUUAGAGUGAAAGGAGUAGCUUUAUCAAAGGAAAGGUUCCAGUUCAUAUUUCAACAUGAGUAUGAACUAGAGGGGGUACUGAGCAAAGGGUUUUAUACCUACGAUGAAUACGGGCCAGUGAUGGAGAGAUGGGUGGAGAAUCCACCGCCGGACUUCCUUCAGUUUGUACCACUCUGGGUACAAAUAAUAUUAUAAAAAAUAUUCCAGUUAACUACUAUUCAGAGAAGGCGAUAACAAUACUUGGGGAUCUGGUUGGAAAGGCUAUUCCGGUGGUGUUUGACCCAGAGAAGUCCCAAAGGCAAGAGUAUGUUAGAGCUCAGUGAAAAUGAAUGUAGCUAACCCAUUGAAUAAAUCUAGAAUUAUCAAUCUUCCUAAAGAAUGUGGGUCUGUGGAGGUUCUUUACUUCUACGAAAGAGUGCAGAAGAGAUGCUACCAUUGUCAAAGUGACUCAUGAAAAAGUUGUAUUCCCUCUGCUAGUAAGGAAUUGACAUCUAUAAGCCUUGGAGAGAAGGAAAGGUGGAGGCGUUGCUAAACCUCCCAAAGAAUUGAUAAUCAAAUCGAACGACCCUCUCUUUGGAGUACUAGAGGAAAGCCAUGUUGGACCGCAUCCAGUUCUAUGAAGACCUAAGAUUGCUCCGGAUGUUUUAAAAGGGAAGAGACAGUAUCUAUAAAUUUGCUAAUGGAGAGGAAAGAAGACUGAGGGAAUAAAUGGUUAAGAAGUCUGUGAGAGAAGUAGAAUAAGACUCUGCGUUAGAACGUUUGGUGCUCAGACUUGAAGAAUAUCUGGUGAUAACCAGGGAUCUAAAUAAAGGAAAAGGGCUUGUCUUUGGAUAUGAUAUAUACCUCAUAGUUAAUGUAUGGAGAGAAAAUGAGAUCAGGAGGACAUAAGCUCUUGGGAGAUGCAAUAAAGGCAGGGAACUCUAACUCUUUGGUGAUUUACAAUAAGCCCAAAUCUACUGACCACAGAAGCUCUCUCACUGCCUCUAAGGAAGUGCGUUCUUCUUGUGUUCUGACGGAUGAUAAGAUUGGAUUCUAUGAGGAUGCAUCUUCCGGGUUCACAAAGAAGAAAGGAAAACCUCAAAGGCUACCAUAUGUCAGGAAAUGAAGGUUGAAGAAACUUGGUGAAUAAUUAUGUCUCACAGAAGGAUCAAGCCAAUCAAUUUCAACUGGAGGUCGUAGCAAGAGAAGGAUGUCAGAAUCGGAGAACUGUGAAGGCAAUUCAAACCGGCGAAAGCCAAAUGUGAUGGUCCCGAAUGAGGGAAUGUCCUAAUCCCUAUGAGCAUAAUUGCUUGGAAUUGCCAAGAAUUGGGGCGGCCUCAAGACUUGGCAAUUCCUAAGCUGGGGAAAAUACAUCAAAAAUAUUUUUCGGAAGUUCUGUUUUUACAAGAGACGAUGAGUGGAAGGAAUGCUUUUGUAGAUAUGCAAGUUUAGCUUGGUUAUGAUUUGUAUAUAUGGUGGAGCCGGUUGGAAGGUGUGGUGGACUAGCAAUAUUUUGGAAGAAGAGUUCAAACAUCACUUUCAACUUUGUAAAUAAGAAUCUGAUGAACUUUUGUGUACUGUGGAAAAUUUUGAAGUUUUUCCUAUCAUGUGUGUAUGGUAAUCUAAAUUCCCAGAAGAGAAACCAAGUUUGGGAGAGAUUGAAUAUAAUUGGUAUUCAAAUAAAGUUACCGUGGGCAAUGUUAGGUGACUUCAAAGAAAUUUUCAAUAAUAGCAAAAAACUUGGUGGCCCUCAGAGAUCAGAUUCAUUAUUUGUGGAGUUUAAUGAAAUGAUGAGAAUAUGUGGAAAGAAAGACCUGUUAAGUUGGGGGAACAAUUUCUCUUGGAAUGUAUGGAGGAAUAAAAAAAUGGAUCUCGUGUAAACUGGAUAAGUGCGUUGGGAACAAAUAGUGGUUGUUACUCUUCCCUAGUUCCAUCCAGACAUUCAUGGCAAAACGUGGAUUUGAUCACAGACAGGUCUUCCAAAGCUUGAAGUCAUCUCAUGAUACAUACAUAGGAUUUUUCAGGUUUGAUUGCAGAAUGUUGAAUUACCCUCAAGUGAGAUAUGAAAUGUGCAAUGCAUGGGGCACUUCAGGAACAUGCCGAGGAGCCUCAGUCUUUGACAUGAUCAGGGACUGUUGGGUGGCGCUGAGUUGAUGGAAAAAAGAUAGUGAAGCGAAUUCCAAAUCUCGUCUCACUAAGCUUCAAUACUUGUUUGAUAAAGAACAGUCCAAGUUGGACCCUUCCUACAAGGUAAUGUAAGAGCUUAAACUCCAGCUAGUUCAAGCCUACAAAGAUGAAGGCAGCUUCUAGAAACAGAAAUGUAGGGACAAAUCGAAUGGGUUUUGAGAUAGGAACACUAAUUUUUUCCAUGCGUCGGUCAAGACAGCUAGGAACAAUAAUGGUGUGGACAAGCUGAUCGAUGAUAUGGGUGCUACUCAUCGUGCAAAGGCAUCAAAGGCUCAAGUAGCAAUGGAGUAUUUCUCUAACCUGUUUAAGUUUUCUAAUCCUACGGAUAUCCCAGAUUUCUUUGAUGGUUUCCAACCUCGAGUGAUAAGCAGAAUGAACGAAGAGCUUACAAGGGAAGUCUCCAAAGAAGAGGUGAAGAGAGCUGCCUUUGCGAUAAAAGCUACUAGUGCCCCGAGGUCCCAGCUGUAACAAUGAAAGAUCCCAGCUGUAACGAUGAAAGACCUUAGACCGAUCAGCCUGUGUUCAGUCAUGUUGAUGGCUCCAAACCAGUCUGCCGUUGUGGCUGAUCAUCCUAUUUUGGAUAACAUAUUGAUCACUCAUGAGAGAGUGCAUAGUCUGAGAACGAAAAAGAACUUUUCAAAUGAUUUAUAAUGAUCAAGACUGACAUGACCAAAGCGUACGAUAGGGUGGAAUGGGAGUAUGUUAAGGUCUUACUUCUAGCAAUGGGUUUUGAUCAGAAGUGGGUUCAACUGGUGCUCUUUUUCUACUCCUCGGUCACUUAUACUGUUCUGAUGAAUUGACAACUCUAUGGACUAGUAGAACCAGAGAGAGGUCUCAGGCAAUGGGAUCUCCUUUCCACUUUCCUAUUUGUUAUGUGUACUGAAUGUCUGACAUAUAUGAUGAAUAAAGAAGAGAAUGAAGGUUUGAUUAAUAGAAUCGGCUUCUCACCCGGUGAUCCAUCAGUUCAUCAUUUGCUCUUUAUGGAUGACAUGUUGUUCCAUAUAGAGGCUUCAAUCCAGCAGUGUGAUCAGAUGCAUAACAUCCUAAAGAGGUACGAAUACCUCACUGGUCAUAUUAUUAACUUGGAUAAAUCGUCCAUCACCUUUGGUGAAAAUGUGGAGGAAGAGGUCAAGAAAGAAAUCCACGCAAGGCUGGGGAUAAUCAAUAUGGGUGGCGCCAGUUCUUACUUGGGUCUGCCUGAGUGUUUUAGUGACCAAAGGUGGAGAUGUUGAGUACGCUUUCUCAAGAAGGAAAAUAAAUUUUGAUUUAAGUAUUUUGCGAUGGGAAUGCCGGUGUAUUCUAUGAGUUGCUUCAAGCUUCCCAAAAUUACUUGUGGCAACAUUUCAAGUGCAAUGGCUUCUUACUGGUGGAGCUCAAUAGAAGAUAAGAAAAAAGUUCAUUGGAUUAGCUGGGAAAAGCUCUGCCUGCUGAAGAAUCUCGGAGACAUUGGGUUUAAAGAUAGAGAAAAUUACUAGAAUGUUACACAUUUUAUGGUUUAUUACUAGAAUGUUGUACAUCUUUGUUUUAUUACUAGAAUAUUUUCUCUUUCCUAGUAAUUUACAAUAAGGGGCUUUUGUUAUGUUUUAUUUUCUGAAACUAAUUUUAAAGAUCAAAGCCACAUCAGUUAUUAAAAAUCCACAUCACAUCAGUUAUUUUCUGAAACUAAACCGUCUCUAUCACUAUCACUAUCAUACAUACGGUUUUGUCAAAAAAAAGAAAAGAACACGAAGAACUGUGUUGUGUCGAAGAAGGAACCACAAACCGAAAUCCUCUCACCCUUCGAAACCCUCGUCGACAUUGUUCUUUACUUCUUCGAACUCUCUCUAACUCUCUGUCGUUGAACUCUCUAUAACUCUCUGUCGUUGAACUCUGUCUCGUCGGAGUUUUUAGAAACCGUCGUCUGUACGAAAUCGCCUUCACCGCAUUCUCAUCAACGAGUUCAUCUUUUCCGGUAAGAUGUCGCGACGUUAUAUAUUGUAUUUUGGUUGAGUUUGUGGGUCAGUUAUAUAUUGAGGCUGUGAUAUGGGUGUGUCGAGGUUUUUGUUGCGACUGAGUUAGGGUUAUGUUGACUGUGCUAUGGGUUUGUCGAGGAUUUUGUUGUGUCUGAGUUAGGGUUAUGUUGCGGCUGAGAUAUGUGAUUGUCUAGGCUUUUGUUGUGUCUGAAUUAGGGCUUUUUGUUGUGGCUGAGUUAUGGUUAUGUUAUAACUGAGUAAUUAUUAUGUUAUGGCUGAGUUAUGGUUAUGUUAUAACUGAGUAAUUAUUAUGUUAUGGCUGAGUUAUAUAUAUGACCUAAUAUAUUUUAAUAUUAUGAUAUGGCUGUGUUAUUUUUAUGUUGUGGCUGAUUUAUUGUUGUGUUAUAUGAUCAGAUGGAUGUUAGUCAAGUCGAACCACGUGAUUACCCUCCAAGACUUUACCCUUCUAACCUAGAAGGUAAAGAUAUCAAUCAUAAUUUCCGUGCAGGACAUUUCCCCCACAUUAAAGAAACAAUAGGACUCGAUGUGUGGGAAGAACUGGUGAACUCUCCCAUUGGAGUAGUUGCUAGGCUACUUUCACGCGAAAGCAUUUGGUCUGGUAGGACCGUACACUAUCUGCUAUGUAGACAGCUGCGAGUGCAUAAAAAGGAGAUAUGGUCUGUUGUGGUUGAUGAUGUUAUCAGGUUUAGCUUGCUCGAGUUUGGUGAGAUCACUGGGUUAAACACAGGUCCAUUGCCAACAGAAAGUUUUGAACCUGAUCAAUACAAAGAGUUUUGGGAGGAGUUGAAGGUGCCGCUUGGGAUGGGACCCAAGUAUGAUGAGCUGAAGGCAGCAUUAGAGUUCUGUCCUGGUUGGAGUUUUGAAAAGCGUAAGUGGUUGGGGAUGUUAUUUCUUCAAGCCAUGGGACUGUACUGUUUGCAUCACAAUUCAAGGAUACCCUUUCAAAGUGCAAUAAGGGUAUUCGACGAUGAAGCCAUGAGGUCGUAUCCAUGGGGUCGGACUGCAUACGAAGUUCUUGUUGACUCUCUGAAAACACUGUCUCCAGAUGGAAAGUCAUACACAGUAAGCGGCAUGAAGGACGUUUUAUUGGUUUGGGCGUAUGAGUCCAUCGUCUGUUUCGGUGAGAAGUUUGGGAGAGUGGUCAACAAUGAAGACGUUCCUCUUUUGCGAUGGGGUGGAAGGCGUACACGUUCAAGUUUUGAUACUGUCUUGUCUGACGAAAUCAAAGAUCAUGGCGAGGUCCGUUUGAGGAGAAUGGUUAUGAAGGAGUCAAUUGAAGAGAUGUUUCCUGUAUGGUCGGAUGAACCUGACGACCCACAACUCGUUAGGUUGGUAGAAGACAUACACGCAGGUAGAUACGUGAAAGGUUUCUGGGAAGUACAGAGGGAUGAGCAGGGGAAGGGGAAUGAGAAGAAGAAGAAGAAGAAAACGAAGGGAGUUUCAUCAGAAGCUGAGCCAUCAACAAAGAAGCAGAAGAAAGAAGCUGCUGAAACGAGAAAGGGUUCUAGCGAGGAGGAAGCUGUAUUGGACAAAGCGACUCUGACGAAUCUUGUGAGUGCUCUGCAGAAUAUUUCAGCAAAAUUUGACGCUUACGAUUUUGACCGGAACCGGCCAGUGAUGGACGAGAAGACCCUAGAUAACGUGGUGAAAGCUGUAGUGCAGCAGAGUCUGAAAGUUUUGGGGGAAAGGAAAAUUCCCGACAACGAUGCUAAACUCUCCUCCGCCGGCGUAGAAAAAUCUUUAUCGGUGACAUCAUCACCUCGUAGGAGGUCGCCACCGGAAAAGUCGGACAAAAGUCCAGUGGUAGAACCGCAGGCCCAGGAGGAGAAGUCUGUAAAAACUCCAGUGACAGAACCGCGGCAGCAGAAAAAGCCUGUCAAAAGUCCAGAGCCGCCGCAGCAGAAAGAGAAGGCUGUCAAAAGUCCGGUGCCGCCGCAGCGGAAGGAGAAGGCUGUCAAAAGUCCGGUGCCGGCGCAGCAGAAACAGCAGAAGUCAGUCAAAAGUCCAGCGUUAGCUGAGACCCCUGCAAAGAAGAAUUCGGAGCUUGAGAAGGAUACAGUGGUGAGAAGGAUUUUGGGUGAUGAUUUUAAUGAAAUUGAUUUCAUCAGUGUUUCUCCUGCAAAGAUUACUAAGGAUGCUAAGGAUGGUAAGGAUGCCAACGUUCCAGCCUAUGGACGCGGCUUACGGGGCAAGGCCAAGCGUACUGUUACUGUAAAGGAUGAGGCUAUCGAGGAUAAGAAAAAAGCACAGCGGGCAGAGGCUGCGUUGAAGAGGAAGGAGAAGCAAGAGGCUAAGAAAAAAGAGAACGAGGAGAAGAAACAGAAGAGAAAAGCGGCUGAGUUACAAAAGAAACAAGAGGCUGGGUUACAGAAGAAAAAGAAGGAAGACGAGGCUGAGUUACCGAAAAAAAAGAAGGAAAAAGAGGCUGAGUUACCGAAGAAGAAGAAAGAAGAAGAGGCUGAGUUACAGCGGUCUGAGGAAUGUGUUGUGACCAACGACGAAGUUCUUGCGGAAGAUAACGCAUUGGCGGCGGAGUCUGAUGUCGAGCCAGCUGAAUUGAUUAGAUCUUCCGUGAUAAAGGAACUUCGGGAGAAAUCAGUUAAGUUAUCUCCACAAGGGUUUUCAUUGACGAACCUUGAUUCAGCACCAGAUUUUCCGUACAUUGGAGACAAUGGACAGACGACUUGCAUGAGGAAGAACAUUACGCCUUCAUCAGUAAUAUACGACCCUUGCGCACCUGUUGAUCCGGCGCGACUGGAAAAACUGAAGCAACACAUUAAGGCAAUUCCACCCAAACCACCAGCACCUAAAGAUAAACCAGAAGAACCCUCAGCUGAUCAUGAGAGUGACUUCUACAGCAUACUCAUGCAUGAAAGACCGUGGCCUGACAAAGAAUAUGGAUGGGUGUUUGAUAAUCAUAUCGCUGCGUAUAUGAACGUCCUCAUACAAAGGUCCAUGCGAGAUCCCACUCCAUUCUGGUCCAAGCGGAUUGGUUUCAUAGACCCUUGGUUGUUAAGUUCUUGGGCUUCCCUCGAUUACAGGCAGUUCAGGAUGAAACCUGCUUCGUUCAAGUUCAAAGACUGUGGUUAUGAAGCGUUGGUAAACGGGAGAUUCCCCGAAGAAUUUACAACAAACUUGAAGUGGUAUGCAGAUGUGGAUCACGUGUACGGAUGUCUUCAAACCGGCGGUAAUCACUGGGUGGCGUUUCACGUGGAUCUGAUCAAGGAGAAGAUAGAUUGCUACGAUCCAAUCUAUGGAGAGUCAACACCCGAAAGUGAGCAAAAAAUGCUAAAUGCUUUUAGACCUCUACUGGAGAUGCUUCCCUGGAUGUUGAAUGAGCUUAUUCCUGCCGAUCUCCGAAAGCAUUCUAGGAAGAGGUUCGCAUUCAGACGGAGGAGCAAAAGAUACAUUCCACAAAACAACAUGUCAGGUGAUUGUGGGGUUUAUUCGUUGAAGUUUGUGGAGUGUCUAGCGCUUGGUGUAACUUUUGAUGGCAUAAACGAUAGUAAUAUUCAAGGGUUACGGGUGAAGAUGGCAGCAGAUAUCCUCGAGGAAGGAGGAAAUGUUGGAAUGAACAAUUUGUUUUCAUAAUGAAACUGUGUUUGUUUGUGAACCUGUGUUUGUUGUUAUGUUAACUAUUUGACUUUGGAUAACUGCUGUAAUAACUCAGUCGUAUCGAUUAGUAAUACUCAGCCAGUACUCAUUGAUAACUCAGUCAUACCUCAAACAUACCCUAGAAUCAAAAUAAUUAAUAAUUUUUCAUUCGAAUGUUAUAUAUAAAGUCCAAUUAUCAAAAUAAUUAAUAAUAACUCAAUGUGUGAGCAUGAUCUUUGUUGACUAUACGAGUUUGGAAUCGAUUAUAAUCUUGAGGUAUAUGUUGUCUCUUACGAGUACCUAAAACUCUAGGCAGUGAUAUGAGGUGUGAGCAUGAUUCAAAACACGUAAACUGUUAUUGUGUUAUUUAUUAUGAAUUUGUGAUAUUUAUCAUAUCUUGUGGUUCGUACAUCAUAAAUCAUAACCCUAAACAAUCUUAUUCGGAACCCAAACCCUAAAUAACUAAACCCUAUACCCUAAACGGCAAACAACAAAUCAGCCGUAAAGGUCUUAAUAACUCAGCCUGUUAGUGUAAGUUAAUAUUUACAUAUGGCGCGAAAAUUUUAGAUAUUUUAUCUCGCGACCUUUAAUGUUCUAUACUUCCCCUAUAUAUAGCCCCCUUCUCUUGCACCUUCUCGCCUUAUCUCACUAGAAAACCUAAACAAUAUCUCUAUAUCGCCUUACAAAGUUAUGAUUGUUCCUGGUUAUUCAGAAAGGUUAGAGAACAGAGUCAAUGAGAUACUAAACUCUGAAAAUCGUGAAAACCUUCCCGUUCUAUACCCUGGCCCGGGUGUCUUGCUUGACAGCGUAAUCUGGUUUAAAUUUCUAAGCGAUCUCUCCCUGGCCAUCCCGUCGAUUUUAGCAGAAGGAUGGGUUCAUGAUUGGCCGACAUGGCGCGCCAUUCCCGAUCAUUUUAAGGAACGCUGGUUUCUUCAACUCGCUGUAAGGACAACAUCUUUGAAUUGUUUUUGAUAUUAGACAUAAUAACAGCACUUACAUUUGGAAAUUGGUUUUUUGUUGUAGCGCAAACGCACGUGGGCACGAAGAUAUAAUUUUCAAGUUUGGACAAAUUUUAAUCUGGUGGCCAGAACGGUGUUUCGUUGUCAGAUGCGCCUCUUGAAGAGGAGGUGGGCACAUGGGGGUGAGAAGCCUGCGUGGAUGCUAACUAGAGUUUGGCGUGAUCUUGUCCACAUGUUUGAAGAAUUUGGUCCUGAUAAUUUUGGUUUUAGAAAUUGAUUUGUUGUUUUUGUUUGUAUUCAGCCGUCAAGUUUUUGUAAAGUUGUUUAACUCAGCCGUUAAGUUUCUAUAAAGUUGUUUAACUCAGCCAUUAAGUUUCUAUUAAGUUGUUUAACUCAGCCGUUUAGUUUCUAUAAAGUUGUUUAACUCAGCCGUUAAGGUUUUAUAAAGUUGUUUAACUCAGCCGGAAUUGUUUGCGUCAAACGUCAGUGUUUCAGUUAAGUAACUCAGCCGUAAUACGAAUUAAGAUACUAAUAACUCAGCCUUAUAUUGUAAAAAUACAAAGCCAUAGUUAACGCUAUUUUCAAUGUAUUAUUAUGGCCGCCAUUACUUAAUCGAGACCAGUAUUAGAGUCCUUUAUUCUCUUAUUAUUAUACGUGCGAGAAAUUCCAUCGUCAUUGAGAAUAUCGAGACUCAUUAUUAUGGCCGUCAUUACAUUAUCGAGACUACUAUUAUUAGAGACCUUUAUUCUCUUAUUAUUAUGUGCAUGAGAAAUUUCGUUUGCAUUGAGAAUAUCGAGACUCAUUAUUAUACGGCUGGCACGCAUGUAUCGGAUUAUUUACAUAAUCGAGGUAUUGUUAUUUUUAAUGUAACUCAGUCAAUACGUCUACGUUAACUCAGCCAAAAUAUAGACGCUAACACAGCCGUAAUACGAAUUCAACUUAAGUGUUUGAUAAAAUAAUAAAGAACCUUUCGUAUUUCUUGAUUUGAUUGAGUAUUCGUCAUAAUUAAAGUGCAUCACGUGUGUGGAAAAAUACGGCUCAAACCUAAUAUCGAGGCAUUUAAUAGUUUAUUAAUUUAAAUUAUUCCUCUUUAUUUGAAUUU